AUAGAAUCUUAAAGUUAAUACUGAUUUACUAUAGCUUGCCUGCACUCUAGCCAACAACAUGUCAGCCAGCUCGAAAUCUUCCACACAGUCAGUGUUUGAAUCAAGAAACCAUCAUGACCAGGCGUUUGAAGUGUUUUAUGAUAUGAGAGCAAACUCCGAGCUGUGUGAUAUCACCCUUAAAAUAGGCAAUUUAAAGUUCACUGCACACAAAGUCGUCCUAGCUGCAUCAUCAUCGUUUUUUCGCCAAAAGUUCUCGUCACAAGAUGAGGUUGGUUCGUAUGAAAUGAGUCUGCCUGACUUUCUAAAACCUGAUGCAAUGGCAGCAAUGUUGGACUAUUUGUACACUGGUUAUUUAAGAAUCAAUACRGAAAACAUGGAGGAUCUUCUGGCUGUCGCUUGCUUUAUCAAAAACGAACAAGUUCUUCAUGCUAUAUUGGAAAAGGUUCUUGCAAAUGUUAGUAUAUCAAACUGUCUUCGUCUACAACAAAUUGCUUCAACAAAUAACUUGACUGACAUGCAAGAUAAAGUUGAAAGGUUCAUUGAAUGGAACUUUGAACAUGUCGCAAAGGAACCGUCGUUCCUGUCGCUCGAYGCCAAGGUUGUCAAGGAUAUUAUUAAGAGAGAUAAUCUUAAAGUUACGAACGAAGAGGUCGUCUACGAUGCCGUGUAUUCGUGGUUUAUGUACGAGCGACUGCAAAGGUUAGUGUUUAUGAUCAUAUUCUUCGCUUAACUCUUCUCUAUUGUAAAGC